AUGGGGAUUAAACUAAACUUAAAUAAAAUAUGCGAUUAUAAUCUCCAGUUUAUUGAGGAAAAUUUGUUUUUGGAAGAUGCCGACGAAGUUGAGAUUUUCUCAAGUGGGGAAAGCGACACCGAAGACGAAGCUUCAAUUCAUGAGAAUAAUAUCGAUUCUGAUAAUGAAAGUGGUAUGGAAAUAGAUAGUGAACCGGAAGAGUUGGAAAAUGAUCAGCCCAUGCGCAUGGCAGAUUUUGUGUGGCAACAUGAUCCUAAUUGGAAGCCUGAUAUAACGGAGUUUGAUGUCCAAACUACUGGAUGCAAUGUGGACCAAUUAACUGGAUCAUCUGUAGAACUUGAUUUUUUCGAAAUAUUUUUUACAAGAGAAUUUAUGGAAAAGAUAACUGAAGAAUGUAAUAGGCAAAUUGUUUACAUGAAAGAGACUGAUGGUCAUGAGUUUGUCAAGGUUUUGAUCGACUACUUACUAAUAAAACAACAAAAAUAUUUUCAAUAA